CUCACUGCCCUCGUCCUGCGCUUGCGCUGCGCUCCAGCCCUUUACAAUGGCCCGCGAUAAGCUGGAUAACCAUGGCUCUUCCAAGAAGGGCUCAUCAACACCUUUGAGCGAGAAGAAAUCACACAAGAGAAAGAGAGACCAAGAUGGCGCCGCCGCCGUUUCCUCGACGCCCACUCCGAGCAAGAAGUCGAAGAAAGCCGAAAGUCCAUCGUCCACUCCUACCGCCACUAAGGAGAAGCCGAAAAGAAAGAGAAAGUCAGAGGCCUCUGCGACCGGUAGUGAUCAGGAAGAAUCGGCCUCGAAGGAGAGUGCUGUCCCGUCGCGGAGCGGCAAAACAAGUUCUUCAAGUAAAGAUGGCGACAACGCUGAAGGAAAGAAGAAAUCAAAGAAGAGCAAACGGAAGAGCGCAGGAGAUAAUGGUGACCCGCCUACGAAGGAUGCGAAUUUAGUGGAGAUGGAAGAUGUGGACGAUAAAGAGGAGGAAGCGCACGAAAAGUCGGACGUGGAAUCCCCGUCAAAGCCCGCAAAGAACAAAUUCUCGGGAAUCCUGUCCAAAUUUGAACGGUCGGCCAAGGUGAAGAAGGCGAAAAAGACAACCGAAGACGAUAAAGACGAAACGGAGGCCGGAGGUAUGACUGCAGAGCCAGUUAUUGCGCAGGGACUGGAGCCUCUACCACAGCCAGAGGUGGCUCCCGAGGAGAUUGAGAAGCCAACAUACUCAUCACUGCCUCCGUGGCUGGCAAAUCCCUUACGGACAUCCGCGGAUGAGCGAACCAAGUUUUCCGACCUAGGAAUCGAGUCCAACCUUCUACGAAUUCUCGAAGACAACGGCUACAAAGACGCGUUUGCCGUUCAAUCGACGGUGAUUCCUCUGCUUCUUCCCGGACCGAAGACCCAUUCCGGCGAUCUUUGUAUUUCCGCUGCGACUGGAUCAGGAAAAACACUGUCCUACGUUCUGCCCAUGGUUACGGAUUUGAAACCAAUGCCAGCUCCCCGGCUAAGAGGAGUCAUUGUAGUCCCGACGAGAGAGCUGGUCAAGCAGGCUAGAGAAGCGUGUGAGCUAUGCGCUGCUGGGUCUGGCUUGCGGGUUGCCUCGGCGGUCGGCAAUGUGGCGAUUAAGGAUGAGCAGCGGUCACUGAUGCGCAUUGACCAAGCGUACGGCCCGGAGGCUUUCAAGAAAAGACAGAGCUUCAAGCUGGUCGACGAAGACUGGACUAAUUUCAGUCUGCAGGACUGUAUCGCUGAAGUUGACGAUGAAAGCGAAUCUUUGCCGGGUUAUAUUCACAAAACCGAACCGAAUGUUGAUAUCCUGAUCUGCACUCCUGGUCGUCUUGUUGACCAUCUGCGCUAUACCAAAGGAUUUACCUUGAAACAUCUCGAGUGGCUGGUUAUCGAUGAGGCCGAUCGACUUCUGAACGAAAGUUUCCAGGAAUGGGUUGACGUCGUGAUGAACUCGUUGGAUGCCCGGAAGGCUGCCGACUCGUUCGGCUUCAGCGGAACGUUUCUGUCGGAACUUGGGCUUCCUAUCCAGAGCAAGGAGCCCAAGAAGGUAAUUCUCAGUGCCACUAUGACACGAGACAUAUCGAAAUUGAAUACUCUCCGGCUGUCGAACCCUCAACUUGUCAUUGUCGGCUCAGCCGAGCAGGGCGCGGCAGGCGAGGAUGGGGAAGAAAUGCUCUAUGACAACUCGGAUGAGCAAUUCACCCUCCCCCCGACCCUCAAAGAAUUCUCGAUUCCUGUUGGUGAUGGAGCGAAGAAGCCUCUUCAUCUUCUCAAGCUUCUGCGCUCGCACGUCAAGGUCGAUGCCAACAAAAACACAAAGCCCGUGCUUUCGGACGACACCUCCAGCUCGGGAGACUCCAGCUCGGAGGACUCUAGCUCCGAUGAUUCUGAUUCUGAUGAUACAAGCUCCGAUGGGUCUAGCUCUGAUUCGGACUCCGAAUCUGAUGACGACACUUCAUCCUCGGGCAGUGACUCGGACUCGUCUGAGAGCUCGUCUGAUAGCGAUAGCUCGUCUGAGUCGGAAGACGAGGUACCUGAGAAGAAGAAACGCGGCCCAGUACGGACCACCGUAUUGAUCUUCACGAAAUCGUCGGAAUCGGCAUCCCGACUCUCCCGCCUACUCUCCCUACUUGACCCUUCACUGGCCACGACAAUUGGCACCAUCAUCAAGUCCAACAAAUCAUCGGCCUCCCGCAAAACACUCACCGCUUACCGCCAAGGCAAGAUCUCCAUUAUCAUCGCCACGGACCGUGCCUCGCGUGGUCUCGAUCUGCCCUCUUUGUCUCACGUAGUCAACUACGACGUGCCGUCCAGCAUCACGACAUACGUGCACCGUGUCGGCCGAACGGCCAGAGCCGGCAAGGAAGGAAGUGCCUGGACGCUUGUGGCCCACCGCGAGGGCCGCUGGUUCGAGAAGGAGAUCGCCAAGGGCUCCGACGGUAAAAUCACCCGACUCGUCAAGGUGGACCGAGUCAACGUGAAGCUGGAAGACAUGGAGGAUGCCAAGUCAAGAUACGGACGAGCGCUGGAGGAGCUUGAAAACGAAGUGAAGGCCGGCUCGGUAGUCAAAUCCGCCAAACCGGAGGCAUAAUAAUCGUGAAUACCCUCAAAACCAAUGUCAAU